CUUCACUAAUGUGUGUGUCCAGGAUACAGACCAUGUCAAUCCUGAUCCGACGUUUCAACAGCAUUCGUUUUCUUUGUAUUGAUAGGUCUUGACAAGAGAGUGUCUAUUUCAAUUUUUGUACUGCUUUUUUUACACGAUUCUUUUUUUAUUUAAAUUGGGGCCUGUAUGAACGUGUCGCUCAUUCCACCCACGCGCACCACCCAUUGCGAUCGGCGCAAAACACUAUCGACGUCUCCUUUGAAGAAACAACGUAUGAAUCCGACGACAAUGUGUCAUGCGAUAACAAAAGACUUGGACACGACAGCAGGAUUAGCCCAACGACUGGUCCAUGUCACGACACACAUGCAUCAGGACACUGAGCCCAGUAACAAAAAAGAAGAACAAGACGACUGCCUACUGGCGCUGGCACGACAAAUAGGCUUGUGCAAACGCAGUUUACGGUUCUCUGAAAAGGCGUUUGUGGACAUUUGGUUAGAUCAGCUGUUGGUAUCAACAACCACGCUAUCCUCUCCGUUACUUGUGUAUCACGCAUUGGCACGCGACACGUGUUUGACGCUUGGCACCUUGAUAGUUGGAGCCGAGUUACACUGGCUGACGGAUCAAUGUCAACACUUGAUAUGCAUGGUGCCUCCUUCAUUAGCAGCCUAUCGAGACUAUGUCGAGGCAAUGAUUGUGGAAUCAAGAUGGGAUGCUAUCCAUGCAUUGAUUGACGAAGAAAUGGAAACCAUGCGCUCGGUCUGGUCAUCAUCGUUAGCGAACGACAAGAAAGCUUAUGCGAAAAGAUGUCAUCACAUGGAACAAUUCUUUGUUAUCAUGCACGAUCCACAGCGGCUCAAGAUGUUUUCUCAAGAUGAACGGCGCAGUAUGGUGAAAACACAUGUACUAAAUCGACUCUUUGCUCCUGACCCAGAGAUGGAUGGCAUGAAAGCAAAACAGCUGCCAGUAGAAGAUGAACGAACCUUGUUGAUCCAUGGACCUGUAUUGCGACACUUGACUGAAUGGAUCCAUCCAUCGACAUUACUAUUACCAGAAACGGCAAGCACAACCAAAAUGUUUGUGUAGUAAUAAUCAAACACCGGGGCUGACCCUUGUUGUUGUUCCAUUAUAGUCUCUAUCAUCCAUCCACUUGCGGCUCAUGCUUGGAUUAUACAUGUGCAUAUGCCAAGAUGUGUCUGAAGCUUAUGAAAUUGGUAAAGCUACCGAUAUGCUCCAAGAACUAAACGAUGCUGCCACAGCGAUUGUCACCAACGGAUUUCGAGACAAGGAAAGAAUGGCAAUCGUCAUGACCAUGGUUCAGUUCUUGUUACUGCAUGCAGGUG